AUUAACUCUCUAGCCCCCAGCUGUGCUGAUUUGCGGGGCAGCCUGCCAGUCCAGUCCCCGCGAGCCCUCGCGUGCGUACAGGGCCCAGCGCGUGGAGCGGGGGAUGGGGCAGCCAGCUGCCUCCCUGCUGUCUCUGGGGCUGGCUCUGAGGCUGAGUGCGGUGGAGGGCCACAGUCUCACCAACAGCUGCUCAAAAUCUGGGGUGGACAGAGGCAACCGCUCCUAGCUGUGGCCUGCAUCCAUCAGCUCCUUCUUCCUCCCUGUGUGUCCCCUCCGCCCAUCGCACAGCAAUAGCUCCCUCCAGCCCGCACUAUCCAUCACCACGGCCACGACUGCCAGCCCCUCUGCCAGCUAUGGGGGAUCUACCCGGGCUCGUGCGCCUUUCCAUCGCGCUGCGCAUCCAGCCCAAUGACGGCCCUGUUUUCUUCAAGGUAGACGGCCAGCGCUUCGGCCAGAACCGCACAAUCAAGCUGCUCACCGGCUCCUCCUACAAGGUGGAAGUGAAGAUUAAGCCCACAACACUGCAGGUCGAGAACAUUUCCAUUGGUGGCGUGCUUGUCCCACUGGAGCUGAAGUGCAAAGAGCCUGAGGGUGACAGAGUUGUCUACACGGGCAUAUACGACACAGAAGGCGUAGCUCCUACCAAAAGUGGAGAGCGGCAACCUAUCCAGAUCACCAUGCCGUUCACAGACAUUGGGACCUUCGAGACAGUGUGGCAAGUCAAGUUCUACAAUUACCACAAGCGAGACCACUGCCAGUGGGGAAGCCCGUUCUCUGUCAUUGAGUAUGAAUGCAAGCCCAAUGAGACACGCAGCCUCAUGUGGGUGAACAAGGAGUCCUUCCUCUGAACACAGCUCCUUCCGAUGUGGCUAGACAAUCUCCAGAAAUCUACGUUUAAACAAACCAGCACAAGCCUUACACAAGGCACACCACACCCUGGUUGUUUCCCAAUGACAUCCUAACCCCAGUUACUGUGAAAGUGUGAUUCCUCUCUGAUACAGUAGCGGUGACAUAAACGAUGAUGUCACAUUCCUGAGAAUUCUCCUUCCAGUCUUCAAUGCUGCAUCCAGCCGCGCUCCAUCAUACUGCCUGCCGGUGUGACUGGCGCUCAGAGGGACGAGCAGCUUUGUCCUAUCCAGGAAGGUUCCACAGAAGGACCAUGGUGUUUUGUUUCCAAGACAACCAAUUCCUCCCUUUUGUGUUCAUUGUCAAAUAAAGUAACAAUGUGCUCGA